CCCCCCCCCCUUUUUGUAGCCUUCAUCGUGCCCGCGCUUCCGCCAUGUUGUUGUGGUUGUGAGAAGGAAGAAUCCGGAGCCUGAUCUGACAGUGACUUACUCGGGGGAAGGGGCUGAUACAAACAGGACCACUGGCAAUUGUCUUCACGCUCUACAGAUGUGGUGGGAAUAUGUAUUGAAAGACGUUAGGCCUUCGCUAAUGGGCAGAGAUUCAAGAGGGGUGCUGUAAUCCUGCAUAGUGGAAGGACCUGAAAGGACAAUAUUGUUUAGUAGCCUUUUCCCAGUUGCCGGAUCAAUCAUGGAUGAAGAACGGCAAAGUAGCCUGGAAUGUAUUCAAGCCAACCAGAUCUUUCCUCGCAAGCAGCUAAUCAGGGAGGAUGAAAACCUCCAGGUCCCAUUCCCAGAGCUACAUGGAGAGAGUACAGAGUAUGUGGGUCGAGCAGAAGAGGCAGUUAUAGCUCUCUCCAACUAUCGUUUCCACAUUAAAUGCAAAGAGUCUGUUGUCAGUGUUCCUCUUCAGCUGAUUGAAUCUGUGGAGUGUCGGGAUCUUUUCCAGCUCUAUAUUACCUGCAAAGAUUGCAAAGUUAUCAGGUGCCAGUUCUUCAACUUUGAGCAGGUUCAAGAGUGGCAGAAGCGUAUAAACACUGCUGUCCGCCCACCCAGCCGGAUUGAAGAACUUUUUUCAUUUGCUUACCAUGCCUGGUGCUUGGAGGUUUACGCCAGUGAGAAGGAGCAGCAUGGGGAUUUGUGUCGGCCAGGUGAUCAUGUUAUCUCACGAUUUAAGAAUGAGGUGGAACGGAUGGGCUUUGACAUGGACAACUCUUGGCGAAUAUCCAACAUCAAUGAAAAGUUCAGGUUGUGUUCCAGCUAUCCGCAAGAACUGAUUGUGCCAGCUUGGAUAACGGACAAGGAGUUGGAGAGUGUUGCUAGCUUCCGAUCCUGGAAACGUAUACCUGCUGUUGUAUACAGGCACCAGAGUAAUGGAGCUGUUAUCUCUCGAUGUGGCCAGCCUGAGGUCAGCUGGUGGGGCUGGAGGAACUCAGAGGAUGAACAUCUUGUUAAGUCUGUGGCCAGGGCAUGUGCCACAGACCGCAGUAGGAUGAGCCCUGGUAAAUUAGUCAAUGGCAAUUGUACACUCAACCAUGCUAAUGGAGGACUACUUACAGUUGUGGAUUUUGACUCUUCCCUUUCCAACAGCCCCCCAUCUGAGAGCCCUUCAGUCCAGCCACAGAAGCUGUUGAUCCUUGAUGCUCGAUCCUAUGCUGCUGCAGUGGCCAACCGUGCCAAGGGUGGAGGCUGUGAGUGUCCAGAGUAUUAUCCCAACUGUGAGGUUGUCUUCAUGGGAAUGGCCAAUAUACACUCCAUAAGGAAGAGUUUCCAAUCCCUGCGACUGCUCUGUACACAGAUGCCUGACCCAGCCAACUGGCUGUCUGCUCUAGAAAGUACCAAGUGGUUACAACAUCUCUCCAUGCUGCUUAAGUCCACUUUGCUGGUUGUUCAUACUAUUGAUCGGGAUCAGCGCCCUGUUCUUGUGCACUGCUCUGAUGGCUGGGACCGCACUCCUCAGAUUGUUGCUCUGUCCAAACUGCUGCUGGACCCCUACUAUAGAAGUAUAGAGGGAUUUCAGGUGCUGGUAGAGACAGAGUGGUUAGACUUUGGCCACAAAUUUGCUGACCGUUGUGGGCAUGGAGAGAACUCUGAAGACCUGAAUGAGCGCUGCCCAGUUUUUCUUCAGUGGCUGGACUGUGUGCACCAGCUCCAGAGACAGUUCCCUUGUUCCUUUGAAUUUAAUGAGGCUUUCUUAGUUAAACUAGUGCAGCACACUUAUUCCUGCUUGUUUGGGACUUUCUUGUGUAACAAUGCCAAGGAACGAAGUGAAAAGCACAUCCAGGAACGCACAUGCUCUGUCUGGUCUCUACUUCGUGCUGGCAACCGCUCCUUCAAGAACCUACUGUACUCCUCUCAGUCUGAAAUUGUGUUGUAUCCUGUGUGCCAUGUUCGCAAUUUAAUGCUAUGGAGUGCAGUCUAUAUGCCUGGUUCUUCUCCAUCUACACCAAACGAGGAAUCCUGCACCCAUUAUCCAGCAGCUGGUUCUGCCACAGAGGAGUCACAUCUCUGUCGGCUGCCCAAAACUCGUUCUUAUGAUGACAUCCCAUCUGCUUGUGAUAUGACUUCACCUUGCAUAAACAGGCGCAACAGUGAUCCAAGCCUUAAUGAAAAAUGGCAAGAGCAUCGAAGGUCUCUUGAGAUAAAUGGUCUUGGAAAUGCUGUGGAAGAUGGACAUGAAGGGGAAAAGGUUUCCUUGGGCGCGCAGCUCUCUAUGGCUGCGGGUGUUGGGGAGGGACAGAUGGAGAACAUUUUGCAGGAGGCCACCAAAGAAGAAGGGAGCAGUGAGGAACAAAAUGGGAGACACGGGAAAAAGAUGGAGGUGACAGAAACUGUUGAGGAAACGGAGAAAGAUGAAGCAGAGUCAAAACAAAAAGGAGACUAUAUGUCUAGUCCUAACACAGAAAUAAAAAAUGAGGAAGAGGUAGACCGAAAAGGGGAAAGUGAUAACCUAAAACCAGGGGGUUUCUGUGCUGAUCUUAACCAUAUAGAUGUGUCCCCUUCCAAGUCUGAGGAUGCAGUACAUGGUACUCAAUAUGUGUUUGAAGUUGAGGAGAAAACUCAUAAAAUACCUGGAGAACUGUCCCAUGAUGGCUUCAAAUCUGAAGUAGAGGAGGAGCAGCCAUCUGUAGAAAACCCUGAGCAUGAAAACCCAAACCAUUACACCCCUCAUUACCCCACAUUUUCUAGUUCAACACCUGUAUUGGAAGACUCCACAGAGACUCUGACUGAAGACCCUCCAGUCCCUUGGGCUUGCAGAUUGGAUCACAUAACAGCAGCCACUGAACUAUCUUUGAAACCAGAACAGGGGACUGAUGAGGGCCUAGUUAUGAUGGGCUUGCAGAGUGGUAGUAAAAGGACUAGUCCUGCAUCCCCCCUCAUUAGCAGUGCCUUCCCAAACUCUGUAUGCAAAUCACAGACUCCAUGUAACAAGGACCAGGCUUCUCCUCUUGUCCACAAUGGGCCAUGCCUUAGUGGGGAUAACAAGCAGGCUAAAUCAGGGCUUUCACGGCAAAACUCAACCACCUCACAGCAUCACCUAAGGAAUACCCCUUAUAAAUGUCCUCUGCAUAAUGGAGGGAGACUUCGAAUGGGAAAUAGCCCUGAUCAGCCAUCACGCAAUCACUUGGAUGACGAUGGGAUGCCACUGUAUGUUGACGCCAUCCAGCAGAGGCUUAGGCAGAUGGAGAAUGGACACCAACAAGAGGUGGAAACGCUAAAGAAGCAAGUUCAAGAGCUACGCAGCAGACUUGAAAGUCAGUUCCUCAACAACCCACUGCAUCUCAACGGGGAAUUUCCAGAUGAGGUGGUGAGUUUGUGGAGAGCAAGGGUUCUACAUCAACAAAGCAAUGGGACAUCAAUCCCUGAUUCAGAAAGCAACAGAGACCCAAGUUGUUUGUCUCGCUGCAGCACAGAAUUCUUCUCUGAGACCAGUUGGGAGCAGCUGGACAAGCAGGAUACAGAGGUAACAAGAUGGCUUCCUGAUCAUUUAGCUGCAAGCUGCUAUAACUGUGACAGCAAAUUUUGGCUUGCAAGCCGGAAACACCAUUGCAGGAAUACAGAAGCCGAGACUGAAACAUGGAAUUGUGGGAAUGUGUUCUGCUCCAGUUGCUGUAACCAGAAGGUGCCUGUUCCCAGCCAGCAGUUGUUUGAGCCAAGCCGAGUCUGCAAGUCGUGUUACUGCAGUUUGCACCCUAGCAUGGAACUGGAAAAUCCUAUUGCAGCCUCUUCAAACUAGGCAAAACUUCCUUCUGAAAGAAACAAAGAUGGCGAGUAGCCAGUGUUUUCAUAUCCAGGAAGAAGCCUGGCAAUUAUUGGAACAUUUUGAAGAUGGGAUUCUAUGAAGAGGGUUCUUAAUUUUCCUUAACUGUCCUGUUGGCUUUCUCCACCUUACAUACUUUAUUUUUCCCAUUUCCUUGUGUUUGUAGAAGCAGUGUUUGGGAUUGGUGUGGGGCAGGAAUCCUGCAGCUUGCUAUCUUCGUUUGCUGCAGAUGAGCCAUUGCUGUGGCAGGCAUCACUUCUCCAAAAGCCUGCAAAUGACUUCAAAAAGAGUGCUUAAAUCUUCAUCCCGUUCAAUGCCAGAAGGUGCAGCAGUCACUCCCAGGUGGUCAAUGGAUUUAAACUCCUUUAUGCAACAAUUAGCGGGGUGGGCUGUAUCUCAUAGCUGUACAUGUAAGUGUCACGCAGUAAAAUUAACAGCAGCGUCAUUCUUACUAUAGUAGGGCGUUUCAGGUUUCUUCCCUAUAAAAUGCAGGGUCAUUUCAAGGAUCUCCCAUUAAGACAGCAUUUGAUCCAAUUUUGAAGAAGCAGAUGUAAAGCAGCGAUUAUGCGGUUGCAGGGUAUGUAUGGUUGGUUUGCUGGAUUCUGUUAUCAUAGACUUGUGGUCUUGUGUGUCUUUCUGAGACCUAGACAAGCAGAACCACGGCAUCCUUGCAUACAACUGCCCUGAACGCGCCUAACCAGAACAGGUGAACAACCUUUAGAUCUGCUGAUCCAUCCCAUUUUUAUUCUAUAGUAAGAUUAUUACACCUAAAUACUUCCAUCUUCAUAGGUGCCUAAAGGCCUGAUAAUGUAGUUAACUUGGGUCUAAGUGUUUAGAUAUGUAGGUUAAUUUUCCAAUGUAGCUGCUUGGAAAUACUUUUUUUUGCCAGGAGAUGGUGCCAUUUUGCAGCUAUUUGGGGGAUUCUGUUUACUUCUCCUUUUAUAGUACUGCUCUCAGUUGGAAGAGUCACUGAUUUGAUGUAUUACAUGGGAGUUGCCUGCUCCUUGCUAGUGGCACUUAUUAUGCAGAUGAUGGGAUUAUUGGUUAUUGAAUCAUACCCUAAAAACCAAAUUACCUCCCGUGCCACCAAUAAAGGCACAAAAGCUGCAUUUCUCCAAAGUGUAACUACUUUAAAGAGUCAUUGUACGCUAACAUUUUCUCCCCUUUAAUGUGUUCCACUGGUCCAUUUUACCUGCUGUGUGUAUUUUUAUAAUUUGCAAGCAUAUCCUUUAUAUUUAUUUUGUUAUCUGACAUGGUUACUUUGUCUUGUAUCCUUACUUAUACUGAAAAUAUGAGUAACAACAAACAUUUUCUCUGUAGCAAAGGUAUGUAAACAGGAGACAAAUAGCACUGAUCUCCUGGUGUGAGAUAUGAGGGAGAGAGAUAUUGUAUCAGAUAUAACUUGUUGUGUCACCCCAGCUAUAAUUAGCAUUUCAAUAUUUAACACAGAUAACAUUAGCAGGUCUGCUUUACUUGCAGGUUCAGCCCAUUGUUAUGGGCAGGUAAUGGUUUCAAUGAGCAAAAAACAAACUGCUGUUUCAAAUAAGAGCAAUUUUCAAUAAUAUUUAACAUUUAAUACAGUAAGUAUAACAAGUCAUUUGGAGCACAUUAACGGAAAACAAAUUUUAUAGUACAGUAUCCCUUUAAUGCUGAAAUGGGUAGCAAAACACUUUUUUUUAAUCAUUCUGUUCAUGGGGCAUUUAGUUUAUAUCCAAACUAGGUCAUACCCACUAGGGUAAAAAGUUUAAUAUUUUGAGACUAUCAUUUAAAAAUGUCCCUGUGCAGUUAAGACUUUCAGGUGUCUAAACAAUCCAAGAAUUGUGAGCAAGCUGUAUAUAACAAGGUUUCCUUUGCCCCUCUCUAAACACCUAUAUUUAAUGGCAUGCCGAUAAUAGAAUCUAAACAGAGGAUUGAAACUAAAACAAUCUGGGGGUACGAAUUGGGGAAAAAUAGUUUUGCACUUAUUCCAUUAUUUUUGUACAGAUAUUUAUUUUUAUUUCUUCCCCACUCGAGUGCACUUAGUGUAAUUGCACAAGGCUGCCCCCUGGAGGCAACUAUGUUGGGUUGGUAGUGAUAGGAUUAUUGACUUGGGGUAAUGUCGCUUUCUCUACUGCAGGGCAGCUGGAUUACCAUUAAAUCACCCUCUUAAGAAUUUAGUGGGUAACUAUAGAGGGGGUUGUAAAUGACCAGACAAUAUAUAGUAAUUGUAAACAGAGAGUUCAUUUUAAAUCUUUUCUAAGGUGGAAUCCCAGAUGUUUUCCAUGGACAUUUAGGGAAAUGUUUGUGUUUCUCUCACCUUGAAAACAAAUAUGGUGUGUAAUGAAUUAGUAUUGUAUGUUUCUAAAUUCCUCACGUUGCAACAUAUCCGCUACAUUUUACCAGUGUGCUGAAGCUGAAUACAGUUGUACGCACAAAUGCAGAUAUAUUGAGGAGUAUAUACAUGUUAAAACUAGAGAACGCGCCAUGUUUAUUUUCAGGGAAAAGCUAGGCAGUCUAUUUUCUCCACUGGAGAAUGUAGAAGCUUAUAGUAAUGUGUGACAACAAACUCACUUUUUGUCAUAUGAUGAGCAACAUUCUGUAGUCUUCUGGCAAAAAGUAAAAGAAAGAAGAACAAUCUUUUACAUGGCUGUGUAGCAACCUGGUCAGUGAAGCACUUUCCCCCCUUCAUUGUAAUUAUUUUCUUUGUUCUGUAUGGGAUUUGAUUUCUUACUUCAUAGAUUGUGUAUAUAUCAAUAUAUAUAUAUAUAUAAAUAUAUAUAAAUAUAAAAACUUUCCCUUCUGAAGAGCAGAUACAGAAUUUCUAUUUUUUUUUCUUUGUGUCAAGCAAGAGGUAAAUAAGCUAGCGUUGUUAACUAUAUGAAUAAAACAUAAUUAAAGUUCAAA